AUGGCAAAAACAUUUUUGGACACCUCAUUGACUGCUGGCAUCUUAGAGCAAUUAUUGGAUGAGCAACUAAAAGAGAUCAGAGCUGAGACUGAUAAAAUGGUGAAUGAAAAUGGACCAGAGAAGGAUGAAAUAGAGAAUGAAAUUAAAGAAGACACAGAACCUUUGGAGAACAAUAUUGAUAAAGGAUUGCCAAAACAGGAGAGUGAAAUGGUAAAGUUGGAGGCAGUAGAUGCUGAAAUGGAGAAGACAUUCACACAGGUGCCUAGAAUAAUGAAACAGUCAAAUGCUGGAGUUAUGAUGUUGGAGGAGUGGAAUGAAGCCAUGGACAGAGAGAUUAAGAGACAUCCCGAGCUGACCGAGAUAGAGCUGAGAGAGAAAGGAUUCUGUGUUCAGUUUGGAGUGAAUUCAGAGGAAAAAGCUACUAAGUCUCUGAUGAUUCUCCUUGAAGAAGUUGAAAUAGAAUGA